CCCCGCUGCCACCGAGUUGCCCUCUAGCGCGGCUGGUGAAAACCUAGCCAGGGUGGGAGGCGGCGUGGCUGCAGCGCGGCGGGGAGGGCCGCGCCGGUCGCCUUCUGCAGCCGCGUCUCCGUCAGUUCCCGUCGCCGUCACUGGAGUGCCGUGCGGCUCCAGUCCGGGGCGGAAGCUGCGGCCGUCGCGGCGGCCGGAUCCGCGUCCCGCCUCAGCGCCCGGAGGACAUGCGGGAGAGAGAAUGAGCCAGAGGGACACGCUGGUGCAUCUGUUUGCCGGAGGAUGUGGUGGUACGGUGGGAGCUAUUCUGACAUGUCCACUGGAAGUUGUAAAAACACGGCUGCAGUCAUCUUCUGUGACACUUUAUAUCUCUGAAGUUCAGCUGAACACCAUGGCUGGAGCCAGUGUCAAUCGAGUGGUGUCUCCUGGACCUCUCCAUUGUCUAAAGGUGAUCUUGGAAAAAGAAGGGCCUCGUUCCCUGUUUAGAGGAUUAGGCCCCAAUUUAGUGGGGGUGGCCCCUUCCAGAGCAAUAUAUUUUGCUGCUUAUUCAAACUGCAAGGAAAAGUUGAAUGGUUUAUUUGAUCCUGAUUCUACCCAGGUACACAUGAUUUCAGCUGCAGUGGCAGGUUUUACUGCCAUCACAGCGACCAACCCCAUUUGGCUUAUAAAGACUCGGUUACAGCUUGAUGCAAGGAACCGUGGGGAAAAGCGAAUGGGCGCUUUUGAGUGUGUCCGUAAAGUGUAUCAGACAGAUGGACUUAGAGGAUUUUAUAGGGGCAUGUCUGCUUCAUAUGCUGGCAUAUCAGAGACUGUUAUCCAUUUUGUUAUUUAUGAAAGUAUUAAGCAAAAACUACUGGAAUAUAAGAUUGCUUCUACGAUGGAAAAUGAGGAAGAGUCUGUAAAAGAAGCAUCAGAUUUUGUGGGAAUGAUGCUAGCCGCUGCCACCUCAAAAACGUGUGCCACAACUAUAGCGUAUCCACAUGAAGUUGUAAGAACAAGACUGCGUGAGGAGGGAACAAAAUAUAGAUCCUUUUUUCAGACACUGUCUUUGCUUGUUCAAGAAGAAGGCUAUGGGUCUCUUUACCGUGGUCUGACAACUCAUCUGGUGAGACAGAUUCCAAACACAGCCAUUAUGAUGGCCACCUAUGAAUUAGUGGUCUACCUGCUCAACGGAUAGCACCACCAGGCUGCUGUACUAUAAAGAGGGAAGACCAAAAGAUACAGUGGACCAUGGAGUACCGAAGCCAGCUUGGUGGACAGAAGGAAAAUAGUGUGGGAACACGGAACUAUACCUAAGUGGAAGUUUGGUUGUAGGAAUUAAAGUAAUCAUAACCACAUUACUUAGUCUUUUUAGUAAUGUGAAAAAAACCCUUGGCUGCCUCCAAGAGAAAGCCUUUAGAAGCGCUCCUUCUUCAAAAUUGCCAUUUUCUCUUCCAUGUCCACAGGACACAGUUGGCAUUUUGUUGAGUUAUGGCAAUCAGAGUAUAGUGUUUAUUCCAUGAGCACUUUUCCAGUCUUCUAGACAGAGCCGUCUGUAACUAUAUACUAUACUAUAACUAUCCAAAGAUAGUAUUGACAGUCAUAAAUUUCUGACUUCUGCAUAAUUCCUAUAAAAUUGAAAAAUAACAAUGAUAGUAGUAUUUUCACAUUUCCUUGAGAGGAUCUGGCACUACAUUUUAAAGUUAAUCAUUUGGCAUUAGUAUUCACUGUUUUUGACGACAAAUGAAGUAGUGUCUAAACGUGUUUAUUUUUAGCUUUAAAAUGUUUUGGUUUCCACUGCUCACAGGUGCUUUAUGUGAACGCUUAAAUUGUUUGUUAAUGUAUCAACUCAAAUGGUAAUAGUUUGGGACACAAUAAACCGGCAAAAUGUUGA